GUCAAUUUCACAGUUUUUUAUGAGGGCAAGUGAGAAAAGCCUAUAUAAACCUGUAUCGUUUGAUACAGAUACUACCGUUUAUUUACAAGUGCAAAAAAUAGAUCAAAUUGGAUCAACAGAUACAUGCUUCCAGUAAGGUGUAAGAUUUUGUGCAAGAACAAAUGGUUGGAAAAGCAACAUUAUACAUCCUAUUUGCCAUUGUUACAGGAAUAAAAAGUGUUUCAAGAAAAUUCCCGAGUGAUUUUAAAUUUGGGGUAGGCUCGUCUUCAUAUCAAAUAGAAGGCGCUUGGAAUGAGGAUGGCAAAUCAGAAAGUAUUUGGGAUCAGUACAUUCACAACAAUCCUAAAAUGAUAAACGAUGAAGAAAAUGCAGAUAUAGCCUGUGAUUCGUAUCACAAAUAUGAGGAAGAUGUUGAAAUGCUGAAGAAUCUGGGAGUAGACUACUACCGAUUUUCAAUAGCAUGGACUAGGAUACUUCCAAAUGGAACGCCAGACUACGUGAAUCAAAAAGGAGUGCAAUAUUACAGUAAUCUGGUCAAGCUUUUGAAAAAGAACAACAUUGAACCCAUGGUAACGUUGUUCCACUGGGAUUUGCCCCAAGUUUUGCAAGAGCAAGGUGGAUUCGCUACCGAAAAGAUUGUGAAAUGGUUUACUGACUAUGCUCGUCUAUGUUUUGAGCUUUUUGGAGAUGACGUCAAAACCUGGAUUACAUUCAAUGAGCCAAAACAGUUCUGCUAUUUGGGGUAUGGUAUGGACUAUUUCCCUCCAGCUAUGAAUAAAAGCGGUGAAUUAGAUUACCUAUGUGCAUACUACCUUUUGAAGGCUCACGCAGAAGCUUGGCACGUUUACAAUAACGAAUUUAGAGCGCACCAAAAAGGACGGAUAGCAAUUGUUAUAAGCUAUAAAUGGUAUGAACCAUUAUUGCCAAAUGUGCCAGCGUUCGAAGAAGCGGCUAACACAAACAUGGAAUUUGAGUCUGGAAUGUAUGGUCACCCGCUAUACAAAGGGGACUGGCCAGAAAUCGUAAAAGCCAAAGUGUCCUACAACAGCAAGAAAGAAGGAAGACAACAAUCUCGCCUACCAGAAUUGAGUCCUGAGGAAAUCGAACGGAUUAAAGGAACAAACGACUUUUUGGGACUGAACUACUACGUUAGUGCUUUAGUGUAUCCAGCUGCAACACCACAACCUGCAGGAUUCAUGCGUGACCUGGGAGUUGAUACAUAUCAGCCGUGGUAUUGGGAACAGGGCAAAACGUCUUUUAUAAAGGUGACACCAUGGGGUUUCAAAAAGCUCCUGAAAUAUCUCAAAGACGCCUAUGACAACCCCGAAAUUAUUAUAAUUGAGAACGGCUUCAAUGAUGAUGGACAGUUAGAUGACGUUAAAAGGAUUAGUUACAUAGAGAUCGAAUACCAUCAACACUUUAGAGUGCAAAAGCAGAUAACAUUAGACUAAGUGUAUAUAACUCUCAGUUAAAUAUACGGUUCUAUAUAAUGAGUAAAAAUGGUUAAGAGAUGGAUGGCUCACAUUUUAUUUCUGCUAUUUGUUACAGGAAUAGAAUGUAUACCAAGAAAAUUCCCCAGUGACUUUAAAUUUGGCGUAGGCACAUCAGCAUAUCAGAUAGAAGGUGCUUGGACUGAAGAUCACAAAUCUGAAAGCAUUUGGGAACACUACAUUCAUAGCAACCCGAAGGUGAUAGCAGAUGGAAGCAAUGCAGAUGUCGCAUGUGAUUCAUAUCAUAAAUAUGAGGAAGAUGUUGAAAUGCUAAAGAAUCUUGGAGUAGACCAUUACAGGUUUUCAAUAUCAUGGCCUAGAAUACUUCCAAAUGGGACUGCAAAUCACGUUAAUCAAAAUGGAGUUCAAUACUAUAGAAACCUGAUCAAGCUUUUGAAGAAGAACAAGAUUGAACCGAUGGUAACGUUAUACCACUGGGACUUGCCUCAAGUUUUGCAAGAGCAAGGCGGAUUCGCUAGCGAAAAGCUCGUGAAAUGGUUUACCGACUAUGCUCGCUUAUGUUUUAAGCUCUUUGGAAAGGACGUCAAAACAUGGAUUACAUUCAAUGAGCCAAAGCAGAUUUGUUUAUUUGGGUACGGUUUGGGGGUUUUUGCUCCAGCUUUAAACAAAAGUGGUGAACUAGAUUACUUAUGCGCAUACAACCUUUUGAAAGCUCACGCUGAAGCAUGGCAUAUAUACAAUAAUGAAUUUAGACCACAUCAAAAAGGGAGGAUAUCAAUGGUUGUAGAAUUCUCAUGGCAUGAGCCGCUACUACCAGAUGUUCCAGCGUUUGAAGAAGCGGCCAUAUCCAACUUAGAAUUUAUGGCUGGGAUUUAUGUCAAUCCGCUCUACAGAGGAGACUGGCCGGAAAUCGUUAAAGCCAAAGUGGCUCAUAACAGUAGAAAAGAAGGAAAAGACAGGUCCCGUCUGCCUGAAUUCAGUACCGAAGAAAUCAAUCAGAUUAAAGGAACAUGUGACUUCUUGGCAGUGAACUUCUACACCAGUUUUCUGGUGUAUCCAUCUGUGACACCUCAACCUGAAAUGUAUUCUGCGAGAGACGCUGGAGUUUCAUCUUAUCAACCGUGGUACUGGGAAGAAGCUAAAUCCGUUUGGCUUAAGGUAACACCAUGGGGCUUCAAAAGACUUCUGAAAUAUCUCAAAGAUACCUAUGACAACCCUGAAAUUAUUAUAACUGAAAAUGGAAUUAGUGAUGGUGGAGAAUUAGACGACGACCUGAGGAUUAGCUACAUGCAGCAACAUCUAAACGCAAUAUUAGAGGCUAUAUGGGAGUAUGGCGUGAAUGUUUCAGGCUAUACUGUAUGGAGCUUGAUGGACAGCUUCGAAUGGCUAGAUGGAUAUCAGUCACGCUUUGGCCUGUACCAUGUGGACUUCUCAGAUCCAAGACGCCAGAGAACGAUGAAAGCAUCUGCAAGAUAUUACAAGGAUAUUAUCAAAAAUCGGAGUCUCGAUAAGACAAGCGGUUAUCUGACAUGUUCUCUUGAAUAAACUUUCGACAACAGUAUCAUUUUCUAUUUCUCUAAGACAUUGAUGCAAAAAAAUUGCGCAAUCUCUAUACGUGCUAAUUGUGAACAAAUAUUAUGUAUCCCAUAGAAAAUAACUUUCCA